CAUAAAUUAUUUAGUUUUUUUUCAAAUCCAGAUUAUACUGUUCACAGUUAAAAUAUAUUUUAUAAGUAUUAGGUUUACUAAUAUUAUGUUCACAGAGCAAUUGUUCCAUUUGUACUAACGGUGAACAAACAUGACAAACCCACAGAAAAUUAACAACGCAUCUGAAGAACUUGAUGUGACACUUCACUCGAUGUCGACUAAACCAAAUUUGAAGGGAGACCGGCCAAACUUAUUUUUAUUAAUAUUAUUGUACAUAAUGCAAGGAAUUCCUUUUGGAUUUUCAAUUUCAGCUUUACCAAUAAUUCUGCAAAGCAAAAAAGUAGUAACUUACGGAGAACAGGCGUUAUUGAGUUACGCCAUAUGGCCGUAUAGUCUUAAACUAUUUUGGGCUCCGUUAGUAGACGUCCAUUAUGUACAAUGGAUAGGAAAACGAAAAUCAUGGCUCCUGCCGGUUCAAUACUUAAUGGGGGUGUUUUUGAUUUAUACGGCGAAUAACAUUAAUGACUGGAUACCCGAAACUGGAAAACCUAACAUAUUAAUAUUAACGUGCGUGUUCUUUGUGCUCAAUCUGCUGGCUUCGACGCAGAACAUAGUAGUCGACAGUUGGGCACUGACAAUGCUGAAGAAAGCCAACGUGGGUUAUUCGUCUGUAUGCAGUUCUUCGGGGUUUGCAAUUGGCAUUAUGAUAGGUUCUGUGAUUCCCGUUCUGCUAACAUCCGAAGACUUCUGUAACAAACAUUUACGACUCGCACCCGGCAUGGGAGGUAUUAUGACUCUCGAAAGAUUAUUUUUCAUUUGUGGCAUUUUAUUCAUAUUAAUAGCAACUUUUAUCGGUAUAUUUAAAAAAGAAAAGGAUAUUAAAUUGGAAGAUAAUUAUACACAACCUCGCGUUACUAAUAGUUAUAAAUUACUUUGGGAUAUUAUAAAACUACCUAAUCUUCGUGUAUUAUUGAUAGCAUUACUAACAAUGAAGAUUGGAUUUUCUGCGAUGAGAAAUUCUUUAGUUUAUUUGAAACUUGUCGAAGUCGGCAUACCCAAAGAUGAUAUAAUGGUACUCACUACAGCGAUGUUUGCAGUAAAGAUUUUAACACCAUUCGCUGUAUCCAAGUAUACAUCGGGUCCAAAACCGAUGAGUGUGUGUUUAAAGUCGAUGCCCAUCAAAUUAAUCUGGAGUCUUACAUAUAUUGUUUUUAUUUAUUUUACACCAAUGAUUAUAUAUCGUAAUGGAGUAUUAAACGUACCAGUAUAUUACUAUUUAAUCUUAGGAUUUUUAAACGCAGUAAGUGAGGCACUCUCCUAUAUAAUGCUUGUAGCCAUAACAGCAUUUUUCUCUCGAAUAAGUGACUAUCGGUUUGGUGGAACAUAUAUGACAUUGUUGACCACAGUUUCAAAUUUUGGAAUGACCUAUUCGUCAUCAAUAGGACUAAAAUUUAUCGACUUUUUAACGUUUAAAAAGUGUUCAAACGACUAUGACAACAAUUGUUCUACAGUGGGUUUAAAAAACACGUGUAACACAAAUGGUGGUAACUGCCUUGUAACUGUGGACGGUUAUUACGUAGAAAUCAUCAUAUGUGUAGUCAUCGGCUUCAUUUGGUAUGGAAUGUUUAAAAAUAUGUUCAAAAAUUUUCAAACAAAAAGUUCUUCUUACUGGAUGGUGUAUGUUGAUCGAAGAAGUGAAGAAAAUGUCAAAAUUGAUGUUGAACCUUGUUUUAAAAACGCGAUCCAAAGCGAUCAUUCUGUGACGUUAACUAACAAAUAAUUUAAGGAAAAUAAUUUUAAUUAUAUUAACCAAAAUAUUCAGACGAAUACCCGGACAAAUACAUUAAACGGUUAAACUAAUACUUAUUAUUUAUUAUUGUUAUUAUUAAUUUUAUCAAAUCAUCAAUAUUCAUUAAACCAACC